UGCUCUGCCCAAUGGUUGUAUUGUCGCACCGGUAACAAGCAGACAAGCAAAAAAAAUUUGCAUUUUUGGAUGGAUGCCAAAAAACUUUGAACCGCAUUAGACAGCAGAAAAGCGAAAAGAACAGCUGGCAGCUUGCACGGAGCACGCACCUGGGCAGGCGGAUUUGAUUCAUUCAGUUGAUAGCAACAGCCCCAACCCUGAGUACACAGAGCCAGUGCUCAGGUAAAGCGCAAUCGUAAAACAGCAACAAGCAAGAAGCAAGAAGUGGGAGAAAAAACCGCCGGCUUACGUAAGCCACUUGCAAAAAGUCGAACCUCUUGAAAAUGUCUCAGGAAUUAACCCUUAUCGAUGUGGACAAGCCGCUGUACGACCUGACGACCUUCGCUGGCCGCUUCAAGUACUAUGCCUGGAUGACAGAUCCCCGGACAGUGGUCCAGCCCAGUGAACGGCUGCUGGAGGCCAAGGAAAUGAUUGAGAAGUAUCGCCGGGAGCCGGGCCAGGCGCAGUCCCUGGGGCCAGGGAAAGCGCUGGAGGAUGUCCAUUACAACAUGAAGUUGUAUAGCUCGGCCUUCCAUCCCGACACAGGGGAGCUGCAGAACUUUUGUGGUCGCAUGAGUUUUCAGGUUCCUGGCGGCAUGUUGAUCACUGGCGGAAUGCUGGCCUUCUAUCGGACUGUGCCCGCGGUGGUGCUCUGGCAGUUUAUCAAUCAGUCCUUCAACGCGGUCGUCAACUAUACAAAUCGCAAUGCCAAUUCCCCCACCAGCGUUACGCAGCUUGGCGUGGCCUAUGUGUCGGCUACAACCUCAGCCUUGAUUGCUGCCAUUGGAUGCAAGAACUACUGGUCGAAGAAGGCGACUCCUCUGUUCCAGCGAUUUGUACCAUUCGCUGCUGUGGCAGCCGCAAACUGUGUCAACAUUCCGCUAAUGCGACAGAACGAGAUACUCAGAGGCGUGGAGGUGAAGAACUCGGAGGGUGAGAUUGUGGGCCAGAGUCGUCUGGCUGCCAUCAAGGGUAUUAGCGAGGUGGUCAUAUCACGGAUAGCCAUGGCAGCGCCCGGGAUGCUGGUACUGCCUUUGAUCAUGGAGCGAUUGGAAAAGCUGCCCGCCUACAGCCGCAUCAAAUGGAUAAAUGCCCCUUUCCAAACCCUGAUGGUUGGAUGCUUCCUCUGCUUCAUGGUGCCCUCCGCCUGUGCUUUCUUCCCACAGCAAUGCUCGUUGGACACCUCUACCAUGCGCACCUUCGAGCCGGAACUCUAUGAGGAUAUGAAGAAGAGAACCGAGGGAAAUGUACCCAAGCGUGUCUACUUCAACAAGGGUCUGUAGGGACAUGACAUGACAAAGGACAUUUCAACGGGGAUGACAAUAAUUAGUCCAUUGUGUAGUCGUUGUGGUUUCUUGUGUAGCAUUUAUUGUUUCAGAUCGCGCAAUAUAUUGCAAAUUGUUCCUUGUGUCUCGUCUCAAUAGCUGAAAGAGUAGUAUUUAAGCUGAAAAAGUAUCUCAACUACAUAGCAAAUGUAUCUAUCAGUCAAUUCGUACUUAAAUGGUAUUACUUUCUGUGUAUCUGGGGUGUGGGUUAUUUUAGAUCAAUGAUCCGUAUUUGCAAAACUGUGCUGCUAACUAGUUCAUAGCCUAUAGAAUUGUAAAGUUGUACCCGUACUAUCCCGAGAAUUCUCAGGCCCAACUAACCAGAAGAGCUGAGCGAUACAUCUGUCACCUCCCAUGGUAGAUGGUUCCUGACACAAAAGGGUCUCAGAAUUCUCAGAACGGCGCACGGUAUUAACUAAUGGAGAAAGCCAGCUCAAAUCAAAUUAAUUCGAAUAUUAUAGAAUUGGGAGUAUUUCCUUUAUUCCUUUAAAAAACUAGAAUCUUUAAUUGGCAAAACAAUUUGCUGGUAUCUCUGGCUUUUCUCAAUAACCUAUCCGAAGCAGAGGCAGCUUUUCCACUGACUUAUGUAUUUUUUAAAACUAAUAUACUCACGUGUUUUGUUCGAUUAAGCGAAAAAGUGUUGAAAUAAAUGUUAUCUAACGAAAAUAUA